GACAUUUUCCUACAGAUAGACAAUUUGUCAAUCAAAAGUUACAGACUGUAGAAAUAAAACAAAAGUGGUGACAUGAUGGAGUCCCAACGAGCGGCCAGUGUGGGGGAGGGAUACAUUGAACUCGAGGCGGUGAGGCGGAGAACAGACGACAAAAUCCCGUUUUAUAAAUCGGAAGUGAUGACCAUCAAACAUUCAUAUCCGUUCCGUUUCCUGGUACCUGAACACGCCACACCUGGCCCGUGUAAGUGGAUCUAUCCCAUGACCUACGGGGGAGGGCUGGUGGGAGGGGACAAGAUCACGGCCACCAUCAAGGUUGGGGCGGGGUGUGCGGCGGUGGUCUGCAGCCAGGAGUCAACCAAGGUGUACCACUGCAACAUGAGCCACGAGACGGUCCAAAACUUCAACUACAGCCUGGGUGAGUCAGCUCUCUGUGUCUUACCUGACCCAACCGUCUGCUACAAGGAUGCCAACUUCUGCCAGAAACAGGUGAUCCACAUGACGCCCACCUCUAGCCUUGUAUUCCUGGACUGGAUGUUGUGUGGGAGACAGGCCCUGGGGGAAUUCUGGUGCUUCAAAAGGUUUAACAACUGCACCGAAAUCUAUGUGGGGGAGGAGUUGAUAGUCAGAGAUAGCACUGACCUUGAAGACAAACCCAAUGAAACUGUUGCUCAGGCCAUGGAGAACUUCCAGGUCUACGGCACGUGCUUUAUCUUGGGUGAAGGUCUCUGUUUUCUCGUGGAGAGUUUAUUGAACAUUUAUGGGAGGACAAGAGAUUCAGGUGAACAAAUAAACCGCGACUGUGUUGUGAGCAUUUGCCCGACCAGAUACACUGUGUCAGGGGAGACAAUUGAAGGCUGUUACCUCAGGUUUCUUGCCUCAGACAUGAAACAUGCUUCAAAAGUGAUCCGUGACAUAUGUAGCCCACUGCAGCAUAUACUUGGAGGUGAUCCUUUUCAAAGGAAGUUGUAAAUCUGAAUCAUAUGGCCCAAGUUGAAUCAUAUGAGGCCCAAUCU